AUGGCAUCCACUCGCAGAAACGAGCGUGAGUUUCCUCUCUCUUACGUCACUCACGACUGCGAGAGUUUCCCGAGAGACUACUUCUCACUACUACUUCUUCUACUUCAACAGUUCAGAGUAGUAACCUAACACAAAGCAUCUGAAGAAGAAGAAGGAGUUGGGAUGGAAAGAGAGAGAGGGGGAUCAUCACCUGAAAAUCCCGCAAGCAGCGGAUCAAAGAGGGAGGGAGACAUGUCGGGGAUGGAUCGAAUGAAAAAAGGUUGGAUUUAUUUCACCACUUCCUUGGAAGAAGGUUUCCAAACUUUCAAAGCCUCCCUGAUCGGCCAGGUGAAAAAGAUGUCUGCAAAAGAUGAGAAGGAAGCUAGUGAAGCUGACUUGCAGACAGCGAAGAUGCAAGUUGAAGCUGCAGAUGCAGCAGAGGAAACAAAAAAAAGGCUGGACAUGUAAUUAAAGUGUUAAUUAAAGACUAUUUUAUAUAGUUUUUUCUUUCUCUUUUGGUGUGUGAAUAUGGUUAUCUUACAUAGAUAUGAAGAAAAGGUUUGGCCAUUUUAACAGUC